UGAAGUCCCUGCUUCUUUUUCUGAGAGGCCAUUUUGGUGCGUGUGGUCUGAAUUAGGCGCGGACCUUUUGUGUCCUGUUUUCCUGACUUAGUUUUUUUCUUCGUCGUUUAAUUCACGCCCACUUCUCCACACCUAAACAUAAUGGGUUUUGUCAGAUUGCGGCGCCAAGCCGAGCUAGCUGGACAGUCCUUGUUGGACUAAAACCGAAAUCAGGACAGCUUGUUUUUAUCAAUUUAUUUUGUCUUUCGCGUCAGCGGUGUUUGUAAUUUCUCCUAAAACCUCGUAUUGGUUGAGGCAGCCACUCUGUGGUACCGUGAUGACACUGACUUGCUUUUAAAAAGUCUCAGCUGAAGGGACACCAUGGCCUAUUCUAAAGUGCGCACACGUACCACUCAACAGCAUGCUGCAGAGAAUACGGGCUACACCUACUCUCUCAGCUCCAGCUACUCUUCAUCUGCACUUGAUUACGAGAGGGAGCACAAACUUGCUCCCGUGUUCGACUCACCCAGGAUGUCACGACGCAGCCUACGGCUGAAUGCCAGCACCUCUCACUACCGUGAUGACAGUCUGCUGGACUCCUCCCAGAGCCGCAGCAUCUCCUACAGCACAGGAGGCUCUGUUCACAAGGAGAGCAAAACAUUGAAGAGCAGGAGGUCCCAUAACACCACAUCUGGUUCAGGUUCUCUGCUUCAGACUCCGGUGAAGAACCAGUCUAACUCUGUGCUGCAGGCGCACAACAGCAGCCUGCACAGCUGUGCUGCCAGCGAUGCCUCACUCCUGUCCUCCCUGCUGGACGAAUCAUGCAUACAGGAGCGCACUCUCAUUGACAGCGUCUGGGGAUUGGAUGAGGAUGGAGAUCUCAAAGAUCGGAAUCUAAGAAUGGAUCGCAGUUUCACUUCUGUGAAUAACAGUAAUAUAAGCAUGGCUCAGACUCAGACAUUCACUGUGACCAGCGGUUACAUCUGCAAAGAUUGCACUGCUGGCCACUCUGAUAAUAGAGAUGCUCUGCCCGCCUACUCUACCUCCAAACCCUGCUCUUCCUCCUCCUGCUCCUACUCCUCCUCCACUUCUGCUCUGCACAUUGAUGCCAGAGAUGGAGCCUCCUCUCCCUACACUACAGUUUACAGCAGAGAGAAAAGCCGUCGACACAGAUCCGGUCUGCUGAGACUGCUCUUUGAGGCCUGCCUGCAUUACAGCAGGAAAGCUGCUGCCUCUGUAGUUUUUGUCUUUGCCCUGCUAAUGCAGAGCAUUCUGCCGAAGACUGAUCAACAGGGCAAAGCCCUGCUGUGGUCAGUGACAGACUGGUGUGCGAGUUUGUGCAAGAAGGUGGCCAGCUUCUCAGCAGCAGCCCUCACACUGCUGACUCGGUCUGCUGGGCUAAGGGGAGCCAGCAGUGUCAGUGCUAAUGGAGGUCACGCUGGUUACUGUGGGACCAUGAAUGUAAAUGAACUGGUGACUCAGAAGGAACAUCAGGAUCUCAGUGGCCCUCUCUGUGACGACUGCAAAGGGAAGCAGAAUAUGAAGACAAGCACAGACUACACACGGCCGUGUAGGGCCCAGCAGCUCUUAGGGGCUCUGUGGUUCCUUUUCAUUUUCACAGGCAGCAGUCUGCUGAAGGCAGGGCAGAGGCUUCUUUCAGCAGGCUACUUUGUCAUGUGGAAGAUCCUGUCUGUUCUGUAUUUGGCUGCAGUGUCUCCAGGCAAGGCAGCUUCGGGGGCAUUCUGGUGGAUAGGAACAGCAUGGUACCAGUUGGUCACACUCAUGUCUCUACUGAACGUCUUUUUCUUGACAAGGUGUCUGCCCAUAUUGCGGAAAAUUCUCCUGAUUCUUCUUCCUUUUCUGCUGCUCCUCGCUCUUUGGUACUGGGGUCUUUCCAGCUUCUGGGCCAUUUUGCCUGUAGCAAACAAGAUGACGAGAACGACUGACUCUUCGCUUAGCUUCACUUCAGCGCAGACACCCAUGGAUAAAGCCAGCGAGAGUCAACCUGGCAGUGGGCCGUCAUACACACACUAUGAGCAGGACAUAACUUUGGCAGCUGCAGCAUACUCAGAGAGAUUGACCCAAAUAGAGCAGAGUCUGGCGCAGCUGUGGGAGCGGGUGGUGGCAUCUGGCAGCAGGCAGGAGCAGCGACAUGAGGAGGUGCUCAGCCUCUACAGCUCUUUAAGAGACCAGCUGCACACACACACAGACAGAGAGAGCGUGGGCCAGUGGGUAAGUACACUAAUGGAGCAGAGAGUCAGCCUGCUGAGAACACAGAUGGAGAAGGAGAAGCAGCAGUCGCAGCAGCAUCAGGAGGAGUUUGAACAAGAGAGUCAAACUCAGAAGUCCCGGUUAGCUGAGGUUGAGACUCUUCUUAAGAACUUAGCACUUAAAACAGAGGAGUUACAGAGAAGACAAGAUUCUGAGACGACAUCCUCUGUCAGUGGGGAAGUGGAUGAUGCCUCCCAUUUGACUCUACUAGCAGAAGUGCGCAGGCUGGAGGAGGCAUUGGAAAGCAUCAGGACUGACCUGCAGGGCAUGAUGGGCUGUAAGGGCAGAUGUGAACAGCUGGACUCCCUCCAUGACACAGUGUCUGAGCAGGUGAGGCAAGAGCUGCGGUCACUGCUGUAUGGCCGCGAGCAGCCAGAGGGAGCAGAGCUGCCAGAUUCUGUGCUGCAGUGGCUGUCUACUUGGUUUGUGAGCAGCUCAGACCUACAGGCCUCACUCAUUUCCCUGGAGAGGAGCAUUCUGCGUAAUGUGUCCCUUCAGCUGGAGCAGAUGCAACAGAAGCCCUGUGCAGAGACGGUCACUUGGGCUGUCCGAAAAACCACUGACGAAGCAGGUUUAUCUGAAGAGAAUGUGCAGCUUAUUGUGCAGAAUGCCUUGAAGCUCUAUUCCCAGGACCGCAUUGGCCUUGUGGAUUAUGCUCUGGAAUCUGGAGGUGGCAGUGUCCUGAGCACACGUUGUUCAGAGACAUAUGAGACCAAGACUGCACUGAUGAGUCUGUUUGGUCUGCCGCUCUGGUACUUCUCCCAGUCUCCUCGGGCAGUCAUACAGCCGGACGUACAUCCUGGUAACUGUUGGGCAUUUAGAGGUUCUCAUGGAUAUUUGGUGAUCCGUCUGUCCAUGAAAAUCAUCCCUACAGCCUUUUCUCUGGAGCACAUCCCCAAAACCCUCUCUCCUACUGGCAACAUCAGCAGUGCUCCACGCAACUUCACCGUCUAUGGUCUGGAUGAUGAACAGCAGGAGGAGGGACAGGUUCUCGGGCGAUACGUCUACCAGGAGGACGGAGAACCUCUUCAAACCUACCCAGUCAAGGAAAACAGCACAAACACCUACCAGAUCAUCGAGCUCAGAGUGCUGAGUAACUGGGGUCACCCAGAGUACACAUGCCUCUAUCGUUUCCGAGUGCAUGGCAAACCGGAACACUAGUGAUCACACCCUGAGCUGGAUCAAGACUUCACUUCAACACUGGAGUUCCACAGAGGAGACACUAUGCCAUCCAUCUAUCCAUCUGUUCCAAACUUGGGGCAGAAUAAACAUGACUGCUUGCUAAACCUUUUUUCUAUCUGCACUUUGUACUCCUUUGUCCCUCAAACAAAACAGUACAUCUCUAUCUUGAACUAUGGUUAUGCUCCUCUUCAUUCUGCCGACGCGAGGCCCCUGGUGGCCAAACUCAGACUGGUCUGAAUUGCUCUCAAAAAUACCCAGUAAGUCAAACCUAAAUAAAAUGAACUAUAAUGUAUUUUACACCUUGUAAAUGUUGUUAAUAGUUUGUCUGCUUUAAGCAUGGCUAUUAAUUUGCCUUCUGCCCUAUUUCUGCAUAGUGUAGUGAGUUUGAAGUGCUCAGCAAAGCAAGGCUGUUUAAUCACUAUUUAUUUUUUAUGUAUUUGAGUUGAAGAAAACUUUGUAUUGUGUAUUUUUGUAAAUACUUUUCAGAUUAUUUUGUAAUUACCAAGGGACCACAGGUUGGCUUUUGCAAUGAAGCUAUAUUUUGGUUGUGUGGAAUGUUCAAAUAAAGAGUAAUUUUUUAGAA